GGGGCCCUGGCACGGCAGGAAGGGGAACGGCUGGAUCCUGGGAGCUAGGAAAGGACCCCGAUGGAUGCCCAAACCAACAGGAUGAGUGCCCUGCCUCCCAGCCCACUGGCGCUGGACUACCUGGACGACUUCGACCUGAUGCGGCUGGAGGUGAAGCAGGAGGGGGCCCGGCUCGGGAGCAGCUCGUCCCUCAGCUCCACCCCCUGCAGCUCCGUGCCGCCCUCGCCCACCUUCGACAAGGCCGCGGACCCCAAGUCCAGCCUGGAGGAGCUCUACUGGAUGGCCACCCUGCACCAGACGCUGGCCGCGGCCGCUGCGGCGGGAACCGGCCCCGAGGGCCCCCUGGGGCCGGGGCUGGACGAGGCCGUGGAGGCGCUCCUCGGGGUGCCCGUGGCUGAGGGGGGACUCCGCGGCGGGGCGCCCCCCCAGCUGCAGGGCUACUUGGGAACUGCGGAGGGGCUCGGCGGCGAGCAGCAGCAGCUGCCGCUGCUGUCCGACCGCUUCUCCGACGCCCAGCUGGUCUCCAUGUCGGUGCGCGACCUCAACCGGCAGCUGCGCGGCUUCGGCAAGGAGGAGGUGCAGCGGCUCAAGCAGAAGCGGCGCACGCUGAAGAACCGCGGCUACGCCCAGUCCUGCCGCUACAAGCGCGUCCAGCAGCGCCACAUCCUGGAGGCCGAGAAGUGCCAGCUGGCCCAGCAGCUGGAGGCCCUGCAGGCCGAGAUGGCCCGGGUGGCCCACGAGAGGGACGUCUACAAGGCCCGGUGCCAGAAGCUGCUGGGCGAUGCGGCCGGGGGGCACUGUGGGGAGGGGGCGGAGCCUCCGGCCCCCCAGCCUCCCUCGCUGGCCCAGUUUUUCCUAUGAGCGGCCCCGCGGCGCUGCCUUCCCGGCGCGACGGCCUGCGGGAGACGGACUCGGCCAACACACCUUUCCCCCACCUGGCCCGUCGGGGGCGCUGUGGGCACAGGAGCGGCUGCCCCCGGUCCCUCCCGCAGGGGGCCACGCGAACUGAGGCGCCGUGUCUGCACUCCCCUGCCCCUCCACCGGGCGGCGCACAAGCGCAUCGCCCGCCUGGCCGCUGACCAUGGGCCUUUCCACCCGCGAGCACCAUCUCAGGGUUUGGCGCUGUCAUGUCUCCCCCUUCAAGGCAUCCUGGGAACCGCAGUCUGGGGGGGGGGCUGAGGAGUCUCUGAGAGCAGGGGUGCCCAGCCUGUGCCCCAUGGCCCUCAAGCAGAGUUGCGUAGCCCCCAUGAUGCCCUGCCCCCAUCAAGAAAUUUGCCCCCGCUCGGAGCAACCCCGAGAUGGCCGAUCGGCGGUCCCUGCCUCUUUCUGAGGUGCUCCUUUGACUCCCACGUCCUCUGCAGGGGCAGAGGCCUUUCAGCCUCUGGGCUGCUCCCACAAUCUGGCCUUUGGGGCUGGAAAAAUUGUGUGGCCCUCCGGGAGAGGUCCGUAGCCCACUUCCAAAGACUGCAAUUCCCAGGGCUCAGUCCCAGGCAAGUCUGCACACGCCCCAGCGUCUCAGCCGUGUUGCCAAGUCCUCCACCGCCGGGCCGGCCUUAGCAGCACCUUCGAAACUGGUUAGCCACACGCUCCCAGUUCUGUGCAGGAAAACCAGCUUAGCGGCAUGGAAAUGCAGACGUGUCUCGGGAACGGGUUAUGCUGCCUGGAUCAGGUUUCCCUGCACAAGAGUGAUAGUCCCGUGAAGACGAAAGCAUGGCGGAGGACCCUUUCGGCAACAGGUCUUGCCAAAAAGGAAAAGACCUCUUCUUUUUCGGCUGGUCACCUGCAGCCUUCAUCUUUUGGCUCCGGUGGUCCCCUUUUCCGGCCUGGGGAAACAUACAGGGAAGGGAGCCAGCUGGUGCUGCAGCAUCCAUAGGUAGAACUUUCUGGAAAGAUCCCCGGGGAGGAAGCACAUGAUGCUGUUGCUAGGCAACCACCACCUCCUCCCCACCCUGUACCUUCCCUGCCCCGGCAAAGCCACAGAAUUCCUGCAGGGAAUCUGGACCAUUUUGUGCGGAAAGGGAAAACUGGGAAAAGCAAAGAGGGGUGAAAGGGUCUGCUAAGGGGGACCUCAGCGAUGUCUUUGUUCCAAAACAGAGCCACCCUCUCAUCAAUAAAAUAAUAAUAAAAUAAUAUUUUCAAAGCUGCCCAUCUCCCUCUCCCCUCACAUUAAUUUCUCCUGCUUCACCAAAUUCCCGGGAUCAAAUGUGCAUAAAUAUACGUGUAGCCCUUGGGAGCCAGAGAUCCACCUGCCUCUUCUCCACUCUCUUUCUUAUUGCAAGAGAGUCCAAAGAUCAAAGGGCAGUGGAGUGAAAGAAGGAGAUGGCGCCACCGUAAAACAAAACUCUGGGAAAUCUCAAAAGUCCGCUUUCCCCACCACCCACAAAGGGAUCAUUAUAUUAAUUAUAUUUUUAAGCAAUAACAAAAGGCAGGUCCUAUUACAAUAUAGAAAAAAGUUUUUGUGUGACUUUUUGUGUGCUUGUGAGCAUGUUCAGAAUGGAACAUAUUGUGUGUGUGUGUGUGUGUGUGUGUGUGCAUGGGAAGGAGAUCGAUGCUGCAGCUUUGUGUGUGUGUGUACAAUUGCACACCCACAAUUGUGCAGAAGUGCAUUGCUGCAGUUGGGAAUUGUACAUGUAACUGUACCACCGGCUUUGGAGUUUUGUGUGUGCACAAUUAGACACGCGCAGAAGCACAGUGCAAAGAAGCAGUGGUGUGGGGUGGAUUGUGCGGAGGGACUUGGAUCUGCUGGGUUGUGUACGAUUGCACAAAAGCACGGGUUGCCGUGAUGGCCAUGAGCAAAAAUUCCAAAAACCACACUAGGGGAAAACUCAGCACACCAAAACAAGGUGCAACAUUCCGACAUCAAACAAGCUGUUUCUCCUGGGAGAAAACGCUUUUAAUGGCAUCUUGUCUGCUGAAGAGACCUGGAGAUCUCGAAAGCUUGCCUAUUUUGGGCGGCCGAGUAGAGUCAUCACCCUAACGUGGUUUUUGUUGCCGGAGACGUGGUGGUGCCUAUAAGGUGUGCAUAUGAACCUUGCGGGCAAUGUAGGCGUGUGCGCAGUUGUGCAAGUUUAAUCGUGAGCAGGACUGCAUCUACUCAUUCAAGUGUGAUUCUUUAUGUAAGAUACCGUGUCUAAGAGAUCACGGCAGAUUCAGGCCACGUGGGUUGAGGACUGGCGGAGGGGGUUGUUACUGGGCGUGAUUGAAACCUGGAUUAUUGUGUGGAUGGAACCUAACACUUGGGUUGUUGUGUCACGCUAACCAUGAACAACCCCCGAAGAGAACCCACAAUUCUCUUGGGUCGACAGCCGCGCUCGGCCCCUGCAUGUGGCUUGAUAGGAACGUGAUCGUCGUGUCUAGGAGGAUGGUUUGUACGAAACCAUCGGUUGUAUUCGACCUGAAUCUCUCGCCACACCCCGCCCGACGGCCUUUUCCCAUUUUGCUUUUCGGUAUUUUCUACGAUUUGUUUUUGAAAACUCACUUUUAUGCUCUCCAUCUCGCCCAAGUGAAACCACAGAGAGUUCCCAGCUGGUUGGUACCACAGGAGAAAGCAAGGAGAGGCGAUUUUCUGGUAUGCAUGGAUUUUUAAAAAUAAUAAAAGGAUCCUU